AAGAAACCCAAUUAGCAGUUGGCCAACCUUAGAAUUACCCCUUGAUGUCAAAUGUAUGACAGGAGGAGGUGAAAGAAUGCAGAGGCUCCACAAUUGCGGUGACCAGCUAGCAGCAGAGAAAUUCUUCGCUUCUGAUCUUACAAGCUGGGUUAGAAUACACGAUUUAUGGGGGUCAUUAGACGAGACCGAUAAGUUAAUUUUCUGAUUCAGUGGGUCAAUCAUUGAAGUUUCAGAUAUGAGAUAUCCCCGAAAGUGAAUUUCUUGAUGGACAGAUUUCAACUGGUAAUCCCAAUUUCUCAACCUGGGUUAUCACGGAGACCUCCAAAUGGGGAUUCUUAGCCUUCAUAUCGACGGGUCCUUCACUGCCACCCCAGUAGGGAACACCCGGCCAUUGAUGUUUGUUUUGUGAUUACUGUUGCCGGACUCCUGUUUAAUUGCCCAUUUCAGGGAAGUGUAUGGGAAUUGGGAAGACCAUCCUUAUCCACGACCUGCAGGGUAACCAUUGGUGUUCUCCAAGAAGCUAGUGCUUAAGGAUAUGUCAAACUUCUGGUCUUUAUUGAUUCAAUCAACGGCUGUUUUACACUGUGGAAUUCUGUGGGUGCAAACCCAGAUUGAACUGAUGCAUUGAAAAUGAGAUCAUACCUGCAUGACCGGAAGUUGAUGCAAUUCGCAGAUAAAUUGGAAGCCUCUGGGAAACCAUUGUCUGAGCUUCUUCGCUUGAGUACUUUGGAUCUUUCCUCUGAAUUUGACAUGAGAAGAGCACACAUUAACCGUUUCACAGAUAGCACAACUCCAUAUCACGUUCCUGCAAGCAGCAUAAGAAGAAAUACCACACUUUCUAUGAGUGAAAGUGCUUAUGAGGGUCCACCUAAUAUUACUGAGGGGCAUAACUUUAGAGGGAUUGUUGCUGCGAAGCCUGCAGAACCAAGGUUUUGUGGUUUUAUACAACCUCCACCUGUGGUUGAUGAUGUAGCUCCUUAUUCUGCUAUCAAGAACAUCUCUGUUCAAAAACUUAAUGAAGACUGUAAAAUUGGGAAAGAGCAAUUAAUGAAAACAAAGGCACCACAGAUGAAGGCUUUAGAGUUGUGGCUUGAUAAACCAGUUGUACUGGUUUGUAUUCGACGUCCUGGGUGCAUCAUGUGUAGAGCUCAAGCUCACCUACUUUAUUCAAGGAAACCCACAUUUGAUGCGCUGGGAAUUCAGCUAGUUGCGGUUCUUCAUGAAUACAUAGAAUCUGAGGUUAGGGAAUUUUGGCCACACUAUUGGGGUGGUGUUAUAAUCCUUGAUCUGAAUCUGGACUUCUUCAAAGCUCUUGGAGGUGGGAAGCUUCUUAAGGAUAAAUUCAUAACAGGAUUUGUAUUCAAUCCUCGAGCCAUUGCAAAUUACAAGCGUGCAAAAGGUACAGGGUUUGAGUAUAACACCAAAGGAGAAGGUGAAAUCAAGGGUGGACUAUUUAUAGUUCGAAGUGGAAAUGGCGGCAUUGCUUACCAGUUUAUUGAGAGGAAUUUUGGUGAUUGGGCACCCAUAGAAGAAGUCGUUGACAUCUGUACUCAGUUGCAAAAAAAGCCACAAGACCAAGGAUAUUUUACUUGAAUGUGA